UAUGGCUUCCUCCUAUUCAUAUCCUGAAUUAUUUUUGGCGGGUUUUAUAUUUACCUUGCCGUUUUUUUAUGAAAAAAGCAAUGUUUUCCGAUAUUACUUAAAGUUUUUCUUGUAUUAUGUUUAUGUAUUAAUAACGUGUACAAUAUUGUUGCCUGUAGUGCUGUUAUAUCCCCGCGAUGUUACGAAUCUAAUUGUAGCUUCGCGGUUUUGCCGUUAUGCUUCUCAUAUUGUUGGAAUAGAGUGGGAAUUAAAGGGAUUGGAACACUGGGAUAAUGAACAAUGUUACAUCGUAAUUUCUAAUCACCAAAGUUCAUUAGAUAUUUUAGGUAUGUUCGAAAUGUGGCCUCGUAUGAAGCGAUGUACUGUGGUCGCAAAAAGACCAUUAAUGUUUGCGGGUGCAUUUGGAUUUGGGGCUUGGCUCUCAGGAUUAGUUUUUAUUGAUCGCUUAAGGACUGCGAAAGCUCGACAACUUAUGAGAGAGGCUACUCAAAGGGUUAUAGCAGACAAGACUAAGCUGUGGGUCUUUCCUGAAGGAGCGCGGUAUAAUAAAGGCAGCAUACAGCCUUUCAAAAAAGGGGCAUUUUAUCUUGCAAUCGAUGCUCAAAUUCCAAUCAUGCCUGUUGUAUUUAGCCAGUACUAUUUUCUUGAUAAUGAGACUAAAACUUUUGAACCAGGAAAAGUAGUUAUAACAACUUUACCACCUAUUCCCACAAAAGGAAUGACAAGAAAUGAUUUAGAGGUUCUAUCUGAUAUGGCUCGUGAACAAAUGAUUGAAGUUUUCAAUGAAAGUUCUAAGGAUUUAGUCAAACAAAGGAAAAUAGCCAUUUAAGAAAUAUGAAUUCCACCCUUAUAAUAUAUAAUUUGCUCCAUAUCAUAGAUAUUUAUAUUAUUGAGAUGUGAAUUUUUGCCAAAGAUUUUAAAAUUGUUAAGUUUGCACUAACAAUAAAUUUAAUUUAUUUAUUUCUAGUCAAAAAGAAUAUCUUCCUGAUAUUUUGUUUGUCAUACUCCAUU